AUGGACAUUGACGCUAUCGACUACAAGGCCCUGCGUGAUUUCAGGGAUGAGUCUAUCAAGGAUUUCGUCCAUGAAACAAAAGUCCUGACACAGGUCAAGGACGCUGGUGCGAAGAAUGUCAAUGAAUUGAUAGAAACCAUUUCUAUUCAUACGCAGCUCUGGCUGGUUUGCGAGUAUUGUCCUGGUGGAAGUGUUAGAACUUUGAUGCGCGCUACGGGAGACAGACUCGAAGAGAGGUUUAUCAUACCCAUCGCGCGCGAAUUAGCUGAGGGUCUACGCGCUAUCCACGCUGCUGGUGUUAUUCACCGAGAUGUCAAGGCCGCAAAUAUCCUCAUUCAUGAAGAAGGAAGGUUGCAGAUCUGCGACUUUGGCGUUGCUGGUGUUCUGCAAUCCCAAUUGGAUAAACGGUCGACAUGGAUUGGGACUCCUCACUGGAUGCCUCCCGAGAUGUUUUCCACUCGCGGUGAAGCCCAUCAUUAUGGCAGCGAGGUCGAUGUUUGGGCAUAUGGAUGUACCCUAUUCGAAUUUGCUACGGGCAGCCCGCCGAACUCAAACCUCCGUGAGCGAAUGCAGAUCGGUAGACAGCUUUCUCGGACUACUCCGAAGCUCGACGGUGAAUCGUAUAGCCAAGCGUUGAAAGACAUUGUGACUUAUACGCUUGACUCCAACCCAGCUAGUCGGCCAGCAAUGGUCGACAUCAUAAGUCACCCAUACAUCGCUGGCUCUGAACAGGAGUAUCCUACUUCCUCACUCAGCGAGCUUGUCCGCAUCUAUUACCAGUGGUCUCAAGCCGGUGGGCAGCGGGCAUCUCUCUUCCACCCUGGAGGUGCAGUGGCCGCCCAGUUGCCGAGCUUAGAUGAUGCGCUUAGCGAAGACUGGAGCUUCAGCACUACGGAUAACUUUGAGCGAAGGUAUUCCGUUCUUGACCUUGAUCAACUGGCUGCAUCUCUCGCCGAGCUAGAGGCAGAACUCGAUCCUACACACGAUAACACUGAAACUGCCGAUGAUGAGCCUGUCGGACUCUCUGGGUCUGCUGAACCCGUUGAAACUGCCCGUGUCGAGUCCGAUUCCGAUACGGAGAUGACUCCUGAACAGCGCGCAAAUUUCGAGGAACGCGUCAGGAGGGGUGCAGAGGCGUUGGCAGGGCUCUUUGAUGAGAGCAAACCCAGCUACAAUUAUGUGACUAAAAACGAUUUCGUGCCGAUUGAGCAGAGACAAGGGUAUUCCGAUCUCCCUCUUCGCAGUGUAACUGACAGGUCAUCUGUUACGUCCACGUUCAUUGACAUCGACAUUGGCGCGUUUGAUUCUGCGCACUAUGCCGCUGGGUCAGCAUCCACACAGCCAUUCCAGCUUGUGGAUGCGGACACCAUCCGUGCAACCCGGUCCAGUGGCCGCACGAAUCGUAACUCAAAUGAGGAGCGUUCCAGUUCUUCACUUGCCUCGUCUUUUGAACCGGAACAUGACAUCGACUCGCAGGACGUCGUCUAUGAGACUCCAAGUGGCCCUCGCCCUCCGACUAUGGAGUGGAGUUUCCCUGCUUUUAUGAAGCCUCCAGGCGAAGAGAAUGCUGAAACUGAAGGUGAGCCGUCGCAGCCGACUCCUCAGGGGAUAGAGACUUAUCAGAGCGAUAAACGUGCCACUAUGGAAUGGACGUUUCCCGUCAUGUCGGAAGACACUGGCGUCAGUGAUGCCGAUAAAAGUAAUUUCAGUACUCUUAGGGCACCUAUUGCUCCGGAGUUCCAGGAGUCAACCAUUAGACCUCACGAGGACAUUGGAGAACCCGGUGACUCGCGUCCGUCCACCGCUGGAUCUGGGUCUAUAGCCUCGGGGGCGGAGUAUGACCCUUUCCGCUAUGACCAGCCCCAGACGCCUCCUGGCAACGGGACCUUCUUCAACAAUCUGUCAGAGACCCCGGAAUCGACAGGACCUGACAGCUAUGAGCAGUCUCCGAUUAUUCUCGAUGGACCAGGCCCGGAUGAAGAAGACAGCAAUGUCAUGGAGAUGCACCCCGCUUCUUCUGAAACGCCCGAACUGUUCCCAACUGCCAUUCCGGCGAACGGUCGUCUUGAGGUCGUCCACACUGAUCGCUCUCCUUCUCUGUCUGUUUCUAUGGAACAACAUGCCAACAUUCACAGCGCUUUGCCAACCGCCAGACAUCAGGUGCAGCCAACUGCUACCAAGACUGCCAGAGAUCUCAGCAGUGCUAAGAAUGGUAUAGAGCCAAUUCAGUUCCCCAACCUGACUCCUCCUAGCUUGGAAAGCUUGGUGGAAAGCGCAGAUGCCAGUAUAAUAACGGCCGAAUUAGACAGACUGCUCGGAGACUUUCUGGGUGCUCUGUCUGCGACCGGUGAUGCACUGUCUCGUGUCAAGAUCGGACCUGAGAACCCGACUUAA